UCUGGGAUCCUAGGGAGCAAAGGACGGGGUGACCCUCAUGCCAGCGUCUCCCGAGCCCUUGCCGAUCCCUCCGCCUCCCUCCAGGCGCCGGGGUCGGCCCAAGUGACGGGACUAUGCGGGCAUCUAACCCUUCACCGCGACCUGCGCACCGGCCGCUGGGAGCCCGACCCUCAGCUUUCGCGGCGGUGUCUCCGGGACCCGCAGCGCGUGCUGGAGUACUGCAGACAGAUGUACCCGGAGCUGCAGAUAGCACGCGUGGAACAGGCCACGCAGGCCAUCCCCAUGGAGCACUGGUGCGGGGAUGUCCGGAGUGGCCGCUGCGCCCACCCCCACCACCAGGUUGUGCCUUUCCGCUGCCUGCCCGGUGAAUUCGUGAGCGAGGCCCUGCUGGUACCUGAAGGCUGCCGGUUCCUACACCAGGAGCGCAUGGACCAGUGCGAGAGUUCCACCCGGAGGCACCAGGAGGCGCAGGAGGCCUGCAGCUCCCAGGGCCUCAUCCUGCACGGCUCAGGCAUGCUCUUGCCCUGCGGUGCCGACCGGUUCAGAGGUGUGGAGUACGUGUGCUGCCCGCCCCCAGCGACCCCUGACCCAGCGGGAGCAGCAGAUGGGGACCCCUCCACCCGGUCCUGGCCCCCGGGGGGCAGAGUAGCAGCGAGUGAAGAUGAGGAAGAAGAGGAACCCUUCCUCCAGCCAGUAGAUGAUUACUUCGUGGAGCCCCCACGGGCUGAAGAGGAAGAGGAGAGAGCCCCAGCCUCAAGCUCCCAGACCCCUGCAGGGGUCAGUAAAGUGACUCCGACCGCGAGGCCCACAGAUGGUGUGGAUGUGUAUUUUGGCAUGCCUGGAGAAAUCAGCGAGCACGAGGGGUUCCUUCGGGCCAAGAUGGAUCUGGAGGAGCGCAGAAUGCGCCAGAUUAAUGAGGUGAUGCGUGAAUGGGCCAUGGCAGACAAUCAGUCCAAGAACCUGCCCAAAGCCGACAGGCAGGCCCUGAACGAGCACUUCCAGUCCAUUCUGCAGACCCUGGAGGAGCAGGUGUCUGGGGAGCGGCAGCGCCUGGUGGAGACCCAUGCGGCGCGGGUCAUCGCCCUUAUCAACGACCAGCGCCGAGGGGCCCUGGAAGGUUUCCUGGCGGCCCUGCAGGGGGAUCCGCCCCAGGCGGAGCGCAUCCUGCUGGCCCUGCGGCGGUACCUGCGCGCGGAGCAGAAGGAGCAGCGGCACACGCUGCGGCACUACCAGCACGUGGCCGCCGUGGACCCCGAGAAGGCCCAGCAGAUGCGCUUCCAGGUGCAAACCCACCUUCAAGUCAUCCAGGAGAGGAUGAACCAGAGCCUGGGGCUGCUUGACCAGAACCCCCACUUGGCGCAGGAACUGCGGCCCCAAAUCCAGGAGCUUCUCCACUCUGAGCACCUGGGCCCCAGUGACUUGGAAGGCCCCGCCCCCGCGGGCAGCAGUGAAGACAAGGGCGCCCUGCAGUCUCUGGAUCCCAAGGACGGGUCCACAGAACAAGAUGCUACAUCCCCUGGGAAAGAGAAGAUGUCUCCCCUGGAGCAGUAUGAGCGAAAGGUGAAUAUGUCUGUUCCAAGGGGUUUUCCUUUCCACUCAUCAGAGAUCCAGAGAGAUGAGCUGGCCCCAGCAGGGACAGGCGUGUCCCGGGAGGCUGUGUCUGGACUACUGAUCAUGGGAGCAGGUGGGGGCUCCCUGAUUGUCCUCUCCAUGCUGCUGCUGCGCAGAAAGAAGCCCUAUGGGACUAUCAGCCACGGAGUGGUGGAGGUGGACCCCAUGCUCACCCUGGAGGAGCAGCAGCUCCGUGAACUGCAGCGUCAUGGCUAUGAGAACCCCACCUACCGCUUCCUAGAGGAACGACCCUGAACCAGCUCCUGUCACCCUUUGGCUGAGUGCUGGAAACCCAAUUCCCAGCCCGGGGGAGGGGAUCUUGAAAAAGUUCAUUUCACACCCUUUGUAAAGGGGCUGGAAAUUCUUAUUUCCCCGUUCCAAUUCCAAAUUCCAUCCCUAAGAAAUCCCCAGGUAUUCCUACCUGUCUCCCUGCUUGGGACCUCAUUUUAAUUUAUUUUGUACGUUAAUUUAUUGUUCUUAAAGUGACCUCCAGUUUGGUUCCAGUGUCUGUUGUUCCCUGGAAUUCACCCGCCCAGUGUCCCCCAUUAACAUCCCAAUAAAAUCCUCUUACUCAC